AUGGACGAGCCAAUGAACGAUGCGCCCGGCGCCCAGGUCAAGGUGACCUUCACCACCAACGAAGCCGAUCUCCAGCUCCCAGAAGAGAAGAGACAACUCCUCGUUCCCGCCGAUAUCCGCCGCUAUGGCCUCUCUCGUAUUCUCAACUCGGACCUGAUGCUCGAUUCAGGCUCCAUCCCCUUCGACUUCCUCGUCAACGGCAGCUUCCUCCGGUCCAGCCUCGAAGACUACCUCAACUCUGAGGGCCUGUCCCUCGAAACGAACCUCACACUCCAAUACGUCCGUUCCUUAAUACCCCCCGUAUUCGAAGCCUCGUUCGAGCAUGACGAUUGGGUUUCAUCUGUUGAUGCCCUCACUGCCACCUCCCCCGCCGGCCGCUGGUCAGGCGAGAACUUCUCCCGCGGCCAAGAAAGGAUCCUCUCGGCCAGCUACGACGGUCUCCUCAGAAUAUGGAAUGCCUCGGGUGAGGUCCUCGUUACCGCCCCCUCGGCCAGCCACGGCGGUCACUCCGCCAGCAUCAAAGCCGCCAAGUUCAUCUCCUCCACUCAGAUCGCCUCGACCGGCAUGGACAGAUCAGUCCGCGUGUGGAAGUACACCGACCCGGGCGCCUCAGGCCAAGCAGAACUCAAGCCCACCCUCGAGCUCUACGGCCACCGCGCCAGCGUCGACUCCCUCGAAGUCCACGGCCCCUCCAAGCGCAUCCUCACCGCAUCCGCCGACGGCUCCGUCGCUCUCUGGUCCGCCUCCAAGUCCUCCUCCCCUGAGGCCGACGCCUCCCUCCUCCCUAACGCGCACACUUCCAAGCGGAGGAAGGUUGCCUCUUCUGUCACCACCCCCCAGCGUGGCCCUCUCUUCCUCAUGCAAAUCCACAACGCCCCCCCCACAGCUGCCUUCUUUUACCCAAGAGACCACACAGUAGGCUACUCCGUCUCGCAAGACCACACGGUCAAGACGCUCGAUUUGACCACUGGCUCUGUCGUUGCCAACCUCACCCUUUCUCACUCUCUGCUGUCGUUGUGCGCUAUUCCAAGACCGAACGGCGCACCAUUGCUUGCUGUCGGCACGUCGGCAAGACACAUCACGCUCGUCGACCCCCGCGCCUCUGCUGCUACGACGAGCGUGAUGACGCUGAGAGGGCACACGAACAAGGUUGUCGCUUUGGCGGCCAAUCCGGAAAACGAAUACUCGCUUGUGAGCGGGAGCCACGACGGGACGUGCAGGAUUUGGGACUUGAGGAGCGUGAGGCCUGCUAGUGGGGGGGAGAGCGAAGGGGGGGUGGGGGGUAAUGUGAGCGAGCCGGUUUAUGUUUUUGAGAGGGAGAGCAGGCAGGGGAAGAAGAAGAGUGUUGCUGGGGAGGGGGCGAAGGUGUUUGGGGUUGUGUGGGAUAGGGAGUUGGGGAUUUUGAGCGGGGGGGAGGAUAAGAAGGUGCAGGUUAAUCGGGGGAGGGAUGUGGUUAGGGAGUAG